AUGUCUAAUCAAAUAUAUUCAGCCAGAUAUUCUGGAGUUGAUGUAUACGAGUUAAUCCAUCCUACUGGAUCCGUUAUGAAGAGGAAGAAAGAUGACUGGGUUAAUGCAACACAUAUAUUAAAGGCAGCCAACUUUGCCAAGGCCAAAAGAACAAGAAUUCUUGAUAAAGAAGUUAUGGGAAGAAAACAUGAAAAGGUUCAGGGUGGAUUCGGGAAAUACCAAGGUACAUGGGUUCCACUAGAAAUUGCAACUGAACUUGCCAUGAAGUUUGAUGUAUACGAGGAAUUGAGAGCCUUAUUUGAUUUUAAGCAUGUGGACGGUUCUGCCUCUCCACCAGCUGCACCAAAGCAUCAUCAUGCAUCUAGAAGUGGUUCUGUUAAGAAAACUGCCACCAGGAGUGCAAGCACAUCAGUACUACCAGACAAACCUAAGAAAGCUAAGAUGGGUAGCUUUUCCCACGUAUCAACCCCGCCUACUACUCAUUCAGGCCUUUUAACUUCCGUUGAUCUGAAUAGGGCAAAAUUUGAAACCAUAAACGGUUCACAGGAUAAUAAUUCUAUGACUGUAGUGAAUCCUGUAGUGACAAGAAGAAGGGGGAGGCCACCAUCUACAGUGAAAGCUGAAAGAAAAUUAGGGACUACACUACAAAGAUCUCAGAGUGAUAUGACAUUUCCAAAACCUGCAAUACCGAACUCCUCUAUAUCUACGAAACAACUGCCAUAUAUCCAAAGAACGGCAACAUCUGUUGGGGAUGAUGAUAAUAAACGAGUUGAGCUUCAAGCACAACAACUUCAGGUAGAUGAACAGCAACGUUAUUCAACAGAAUUUAAAGAGAUUAGUUUAGAUGAUGGUUUAUCAAGUGAUAUUGAAAAGGAUCAAGAUGAUCAUGAAACCGGGAACACUCUGAAAUUACAGCAACAAAGACAGCCACUGAAUACUAAAUUGGAACUUUCGUCUACGCCUUCUUCCCCAUCGUUACCCACAUCGCCUAAUGAUCUUGCUCAAGCCAAUGGCUAUGAUCAACACCACUAUGGUAGUAACAUUGGAACUUCUCCUAUACUAUCAACAAUACCACCAUAUUCAGCACAAGGAAGACCCUCCACUGCAGAUAUUAAUGAUAAAGUGAACAAAUAUCUAUCAAAGUUAGUCGACUAUUUUAUUUCUAAUGAUAUGCGUUUGAAUAAACAAGUGCCACCAGAGCUCUUGGAACCUCCUCCUAAUAGUGCACCAUUUAUUGAUGCUCCUAUUGAUCCAGAGCAACAUUCAGCAUUUCAUUGGGCCUGUUCUAUGGGUAUACUACCAAUUGUGGAGACAUUAUUUUCUGCAGGAACAAACAUAAGGACCACAAAUUCUCAUGGACAAACUCCUUUAAUGAGAAGUGCUAUGUUCCAUAAUUCGUACACUAGGCGUUCUUUCCCUCGAAUUUUCCAACUUCUUCAUGAGACUGUAUUUGAUGUUGAUAAUGACUUACAAACCGUGAUCCAUCAUAUCGUAAAAAGGAAAUCAUCAACUCCAUCUGCAAUUUAUUACCUUGACACUGUUCUUUCAAAAAUUAAAGAUUUUUCACCUCAAUACGGUGUCGAGAUGUUAUUAAAUGCACAGGAUAAUAAUGGUGAUACAGCAUUACACAUCGCAGCCAGAAAUGGUGAUAAACUAUUUUUUGACACAUUGCUUAAUAAUGGUGCGUUAAAUACCAUUCGAAACAAAAAAGGGUUAACACCAAAUGAAAUAAUGAAUGAACACUACCAAACACAACAAAAUGAACAAGGGGGGUCUAAUGAGAAUGAUAAAGAUCGUUUAAGCAAUGGGGUAACUAAAUCACCAUUGACACCCUCUCCAGUGAUAUCAGAUUAUCUAAUGUACCCGUCUCAAGCAGCUACAAGAAUGUCAAGAGGUAUUCCCAAUAUUGUAAAUAUGAUGAAGCAAAUGGCCGAGUCGUAUAAUGACGUCCUUCAGAAUAGCGAAUCCAAUGAAAAGAUAUUACUGAAAAAAUUGAAAACGAUAUCGAGGGCUAUAGAAAGUGUGAGUUCAAAAAAUAUUGAAUUAAUUAAUGGGAAGAGUGAAGAUGAGUUAACGCCUUACAUUGAUUCCAAGAUUCAGGAAAUUGAUGACUUAAAGAAAGAAGUUACUUUUUUUAGAAGAGAGAUGAAGAAUAAAAUAGAAUUGAGGCAAUCGGCUAGAUUAAAAAAAUAUGUUGAGUUGGAGAGAACUGGUGAAGGUGCUUUGAUUGACGCUGAUAAUGUCGAGAAUGACACCAAUAAAAGAUUACAAUUAGCAACUGAACUAACUCUUUUGCAAAUGAAGAGGAGGAAAGAGAGGAUUGAAAUGAUUUUAAAUUUCUUCAACGAUAAUGCCAAGAUUCAUAAAUAUAGAAGGAUGAUUAGCGAAGCCACAGAAUUAGGAACGGAUGAAGUAGAUAAUUGUUUGGAAGUGAUCCUUCAAAAUUUGGUCAACAUCAGCUAA